UAAGUAUUUCAAUGCAGGAAACUUUAAGGAUCCUCGCGUUCUUGACGCCAUGUUGCCUCAUUUUAUCGGAUCUUUUGGCAACCCCCACUCUCGCACUCAUGCUUACGGAUGGGAAAGCGAAUUAUUUGUCGAAAAAUCUAGAAAGCAAGUUGCUGACCUGAUUGGAGCAGACCCUAAAGAAAUUAUAUUUACAAGUGGAGCAACUGAAAGCAACAACAUUGCGGUCAAAGGCGUAGCACGGUUUUAUGCGGCUAAGAAGAAGCAUAUAAUCACCACUCAGACUGAACACAAAUGUGUUCUAGAUUCUUGUCGCGCUCUCGAAAACGAAGGCUUUUCUGUAACCUACUUAGAAGUUCAGCAAAAUGGUAUCAUAAGACUUGAGGAUUUAGCCAAAGUUAUUCGACCAGAUACAAGCCUUGUUUCUAUAAUGGCGGUGAAUAAUGAAAUUGGUGUAAUCCAGCCUCUCGUAGAAAUAGGGGCUCUUUGUCGAAGUAAAAAUGUUUUCUUUCAUACUGAUGCUGCACAGGGUAUUGGUAAAAUUCAAUUAGAUGUUAAUGAAAUGAAUAUUAUAGUCAGCCUUAUUUGA